AUGUCUCUCGAUGAGAUAGAAAAGCCCGAGCGUUAUUGCCCUGGCGGAUAUCACCCUAUAUCUACUGGCGACCAUCUGAGUGGCCGUUACGAUGUCGUCCAUAAGCUCGGCUUUGGUACGUAUUCGACAACCUGGCUGGCGAAAGAGAGAACUCUGGAGAAGUACGUGGCCAUCAAGAUUGCCGUUGCCGGAGCAGAUAUACGAGAGGGAAAGAUACUUAAUACCUUGGCUUUCUCACAGCCAGAUUUCUCAGAGCCAAUCUCCAGGCUGAUCCCUCAAGUGCUGGAUACGUUUUCCCUUAAUGGGCCUAAUGGAAAGCACCAGUGUCUUGUUACGGAGCCGGGGAUGAUGAGCAUAGCUGAGGCGAAGGAUGCGUCAUAUAGUAGGACUUUUAGAAUGGCCGUGGCUAGGGCGAUUGCAGCGCAGGUUAUACAAGCUGUUGUUUUGCUGCACCACCGCGGCGUAGUUCGUGCUGACCUACACCCUGGCAAUAUCAUGCUGCACUUGCCGCACAACAUAGACAGGCUUUCCCCGGAGCAGUUAUAUGAAAAAUACGGACACCCUACUCUCGAACCAUUCGAGCGUCUCGACGGCAAGCCACUCUCCCACAACAUUCCUUCUCACGGCGUUGUACCCAUCUGGCUAGGGAAAGACAGCGACCUGGUCUCCCUCUCCGAAGCGAAAGUGUUCAUCGCUGAUUUCGGAGAAUCAUUCCUGCCAUGCACUACUCAACGGUACUAUUCCAAUACACCUGCUGUCCUUGCACCUCCGGAGAUCUACUUUCUCCUAAAUGAACCCUUGUCGUUUCCGUCUGAUAUAUGGACCCUCGCGUGUACUCUGUGGGAUAUAUUAGGCCAAAGACCAGUGUUUGAGGGGUUUAACCCGUCCAGCGACUGGAUGAUAAAAGAACAUGUGGAUUCACUAGGUAAGUUACCGUCUGAGUGGUGGCGGACAUGGGAUGGGAGGGGGAGAUGGUUUACUGAGGAGGGCAAAAGAAUAUCUGAAGGAGCAGGGAGAUCAUUAAUUGAUCGGUUUGUUGAUUCUAUACAGGAGCCGCGGCGGGGAAGUACAGCAGAGAUCGCAGAAGAUGAGAUCAGGGCCCUGCUUGCUAUGUUCAGGGGGAUGCUGGCUUUUCAGCCGGAUGAAAGACUCACUGCAAGGGAAAUCAUGGAGUCUGAGUGGGUGCAGAGGUGGGCUUUGCCGUGCUUGGAAGUAGCAUAG